UUCUCCCCUCAUGGUGGGCCUUCUCUCCCCUUUCCCAAUGUCCUUUUGGUUGUUGUUUUUAGAAAAUGCACAAUAAUAGGUGUUAACGUAUUGUAGUUCCUCUCAGCAGUGUUUCUAGUCUGUGCCAUGGGGGCUCCAGAUCCCUUUUACCAGGCAAUCCAAUUUCUCCUCCCCUGCAUCGGCCAUGAUUGCUGGCUGUGAGGAGAAUGGCUGGUUCUGGCUCCCUUUGCAUCCAGUGGCUCUUGAUUGCCAUCUUGAACCUUUGUGUGGAACAAGAUGGCGAAGACGAACCUUGGUUCCCCCUCGAGGGCCAAGCUUUCUCUUUAUCUUAGGAAUGGAAGGGCAGCAAAAAUGGAGGAUAGCUAGGAGGGUCUGGUAGAUUGACUUAUCAUCCUCCACUAGCUGGCUUUUCCCAAUAUGGCAGCCACUUUGAGGUCCUGAGGGGGGGGGGAAAGAUGGUGGACUGUGCAAUUCUCCAUACUUUGGGAAACUGUGGCAUCUCCACAACAAUAAAUCUUGACACAUCUAUUCCAGGAACACUUAAUUGCUCCCAUCAAAACUGGUUCUUCCUGAAGGCCACCUUCCCCAACCUGUUUAGCCAUCCUGGUUUGGCAACUAGAAUGAUGGCUUAGGGUAGAGGUCUCCAAAAUGGCAAUUUUCAGACCUGGGGACUUCAAGUCCCAGAAUUCCCAUGCUGGCUGGGGAAUUCUGGGAGUUGAAGUCCACAAGCCUUAAAGUUACCAAGAUUGGACAUCCUUGGCUUAGGGCAUUGUGGGAAGGCAGCCAUAAACACACCCCUAGCUGGACCAUUUCCCCUUAUUCUUCCCCUUAACAACCCAGGACUAAUCAAUCCUUUUAUUUAUUUUUAUUAACAGAGGAUUGCAAUAUCCCGUUAGAAAAGGACAUGGCAACUUUGCAGAAGCAAAGGAAUUCUCUGACUGCGGCCAUAUUCCCCACCAAAAUUGCAACCGAACAGCAAUCCCUCAUCUUGGUGAAGCGGCUGCUGGCCAUCUCCGUCUCCUGCAUCACCUAUCUCAGGGGCAUUUUGCCCGAAUCUGCCUAUGGGACAAGAUAUUUAGAUGAUCUCUGCGUGAAGAUCCUAAAAGAGGAUAAAAAAUGCCCUGGGUCCAGCCAGCUCGUGAAAUGGAUGCUAGGAUGUUACGAUGCCCUGCAGAAAAAAUAUGUCUACACCAACCAGGAGGAUCCCCAGACGGUUACAGAAUGUUACCAGUUUAAGUUCAAAUACACAGACAAAGGACCUUCAAUGGAUUUCAGAAGUCAGCAGAGUCAAUCAAGCAUCACAUGUGCUGAUACUAAGAAAGCAAGUAUCCUGCUCAUCCGGAAGAUUUAUAUCCUGAUGCAAAACUUGGGCCCAUUGCCUGAUAACGUCUGCCUGACAAUGAAGCUGUUUUAUUAUGAUGAAGUUACGCCGCCUGACUACCAGCCCCCUGGAUUCAAAGAGGGUGACUGUGAAGGGAUGGCCUUUGAGGGGGAGCCGAUGUACCUCAAUGUUGGGGAGGUUCCUACCCCUUUUCAUAUGCUGAAAGUGAAAGUGACCACUGAGAAGGACCGCAUGGAGCGUGUGGACAAAGCCAUCCUAAAGGAGGAUGCCAGCCUUGCUUCCCUGCAGGGCUGGCACCUUCAGGAAGACCAGCAUCAGAAAAUGGAUGAAGAUUUUGUGCCGGAAAAUAAAACAGGAGGGCAGAAGAAUGCAAGCAGGAUGCUACACCCUGAAGAACCAAGCCUAAUUUGCACAGAGGAAGAGAAAAUCACAGAACACCUGAGCUGCCCCAUCCGUAAUUCUAAGGUGGAUCAUUUAAUAAGCAAGACAUCAGAACUUGAAGUCACCGAGAGCAGAACCCGAAGCGGAAAAAAAUUUCAGCAAAACAUAGUUUAUCCUCUGGAUUUCUCUUCUAGCCAAGACCUCAGCCCCAAACGGAAGAAAAUUAGCCAGCCCAAGGAGGAGUUCUAGGCAGCCGCUUCUCCGUGUUCUUUUCCUUCUCGCUUUGGAUGCUUUAAAGAAUUCGUUUUAAAAAGA